UCAUGUAUUUUCAGAAAUAUGCUUGAAAAAGUAAUGGCUUUGGCUGUAUUUUAUUUCAUUUGAUUUCUCCCUAUUAAUAUGCAGCCAUGCUGCUUUGGAAGCAAAGGCCUUGAUUCAACAUGGAUGAUCUUGACUUGAAUUUGGAGAACUAUGAAGAACUCUCUGGAAGUGAUAACUUGUUUGAAAAUGGGGAUGUGCAUGGUGAUGAUAUCAAUACACGGUGUGCAUUUCCUUUUGAGGUUUCUUCUGCUACACAUAUUCAGACGAUGCUGCCAACAUGCAGUGACUCAAUAUCUGAUGAUCCUGCGACAAAUUGUAAUACUGAUCCAACUCUUUGCUCUCAAGGGCAAGCAUAUUCUAGCAUCCCACUCCUAUUUGCUUCCCUGACUGGUGAGAGUGGUGUUGAAGAUUAUUAGGGUUGUAAGGUCUUUUCAAUGCUUCCUUGGAGGGAAACUCCAUGCAUACCCACUUUCUUAAUAAUUCAUUGUUGUCAG